AUGGACCAAACUGUCAAGGUCGGUGCAGUGCAAGCAGAGCCUGUAUGGCUCGACCUUGAAGGAAGUGUUGACAAAACCAUCUCCCUGAUCGAGAAAGCUUCCGCCGAUGGAGUUCAAGUCCUUGGGUUUCCCGAAGUUUGGAUCCCCGGUUAUCCAUGGCAGAUGUGGACCUCGCCAGUCAUCAACAACGGGGGUUGGAUCCACGAGUACAUGGCCAAUUCAAUGCGCCGAGACUCACUUCAGAUGAAACGAAUCCAGCGAGCCGUCAAGAAAGCAGGUAUGCUCGUCGUUCUCGGGUACAGUGAGCGAGAUGGAAUCAUUCAUCAUCGACGAAAGGUCAAGCCAACUCAUGUAGAACGAACAAUCUGGGGUGAAGGACAAGCCGAGUCGCUCCAAGUCGUCGCUGAUUCCAAGUUCGGAAAGGUUGGCGCACUGAAUUGCUGGGAGCAUUUGCAGCCAUUGCUUCGAUACAAUGAAUAUGCACAGGGUGUGCAGAUCCAUAUCGCCAGCUGGCCAGCUGAGUUCGAGAUGCCAGACCCUGAAAAAAUUGCUUGA